UGCAAAGGAAGAACGUGACAGAGAAAAGGCUGAAAUAGCUCAGGAGAAAUUCGAGCGGAGAGAGGCUAGGCGACUGAAAAGAGAGGAAAAGGAAGCAGCAAGGGCUGAAAGACAGGCGAGAAGAGAUGCAGGCGAAGAAGGUGUGGAAUCGCCAGUUGAAGAAGAAGAAGAGUUGGACGAGGCAGAGUUAGCUGAUAUUGAGGAGGAGAAAAAAGAAAUGGAAGAGGAAGCAUUUAGGGCAGAACGAUGGCCCGCUUAUGUCCAAUAUGUUGAUUCUCUUGUUUCUCGUCAAGUGAUGAAAGCAAUCCAUUGUAGCCUUGAUUUGUUUGAGAAACAAACUGAUUUGGAAAAGGGGCCACGCGUACCAUUCAUGGAUGUUAUUGCAGAACUAAAAGACCCCGAUAUAUGUUUCACACCGUCUCUGGAUAUAAAGGAUUCAGGCGGUCUUUAUGACACGAUGAUUGAAAUGAUGAAAGAUAUGUUCCUUCAAGCCACAAUUUUCCCAAGGAUCGAUCCUAUUGUUCCCAUACCAUCGUAUGAAGAUGAUAUAUCAGGUGAAGAAUCUAUGAUAGAUCUCUAUCAUGAGAUUGCAAAGCGAAUAGAGAACAGUAUAACUGACGUUGUGCAAUACGCAUCGAAAUACGAAAAGUAUACGCCUCUAUGGCUAGAAGAUAGACAAGAAGUGUUGGCUAGUUUUCUUAAAUAUGGCCGAGUGAUUCCACCAGAGGAGUUUGAUAAAUACAAAUAUGACUUUGGCUGUGACCCACCCGAAGCGAAACCCAAGCUAGAAGAAUAUCAGAAGGAGAUUGAUAAAUUCAACGCGAUGUACGAUGAAGUGUCUGCUCUACCGGGAGACUACUUGUGCAAUGGAUGGCUGAAGUUGGACUUACGUCGCCUCAACCAAGCUAUAAUGAAUAUUAUUUGCAAGUGGAGCAACCUUUACAAACAGAAUUUGAAGGACCAUGUGCAGACUAGCUUGGAUGACCUGGAGAAGUUCAUAGCGUAUGCCACAAAGGAGCUAUCGGUAGAACUAGGCGAAGAUGAUUACGAGGGUCUAUUGCAAGUGAUGAGAGUUCUUAAUGAGGUGAAGGCGAAGGUAGACGCCGGGACAGAGCAAAUGUUCGAACCGCUUAGGGAUAUUAUUUACGUUCUCAAGGAGUAUGGCGUUGAUUUCCCCGAAGAAACGUACGAACAGUUGGAUAUUUUGCCUGAAAAGUGGCGCAACUUAGUGAAGUUGGCGACGGUUAUGAAAAACACAGUAGCGCCGUUGCAGGCUGCGCAAGCGGCGCUUAUAGCCAAGAGAGUGGCUCUUACAAACUUGAGGCUCACUAUGUAUAGAGAUCAGUUCAAACUUAAAGAGAUGUUCCUAGAAAGCUGCAAGGAGCCGUACAGGCAGAUAGACAAAGUGCACAAAGAGCUUAUCGACUUUGAAGAUAUCGUUUCGAACUUGAAGAGAAGCUGUGCGUUGUUUGAUAUACAACCUCCAGAUGAGAAAUCCCUGAAGCAGUGUCGAAGGGAGCUGAAGCUUAUCAAACAACUUUGGGAUUACUACUACUUAGUUAUGGGAACAAUAGAGUUCUGGAAGAAGUCCCCGUGGAAGAAGAUAGAUGCUGAUGGUAUGGACCAAGAGUGUAAGAGGUUUACGAAGGAUAUGAGACAGCUGGAUAAGGAUAUGAGAGUAUGGGAGCCAUACAUCUCCAUUGAAGCAACAAUAAAGAAUUUGAUGACAUCAUUACGUGCAGUAACAGACUUACAGAAUCCAGCGAUUAAAGACAGACAUUGGGUAGAACUCAUGAUGGCUACUAAGGUUAAGUUUAAUAUAGACGAUGAUACUACACUAGCGGACUUACUAGCGCUUAACCUGCACAAGUACGAAGAAGAAGUUAAAACUAUUGUGGACAAGUCUGUCAAAGAAGCUGCUAUGGAGAAAACACUCAAGGAACUGGAAGCUACUUGGGCAAUCAUGGAGUUCGAUUACACAGUACAUGACAGAACUGGAUCCAAGUUACCAAAAGCCAGCGAAGAACUUGUCGAGACUCUUGAGGAUAACCAGAACCAAGUUCAAAACAUGAUGUCGUCCAAAUUCAUUGGUUUCUACGAGGCCGAGGUGACCGCUUGGCAGAAGAAACUUGGCACGGCCGAUGCAGUCAUUGCCAUUUGGUUUGAGGUGCAGCGAAAGUGGCAAUAUCUUGAGAGCAUCUUUGUCGGUUCUGAUGAUAUUCGUGCCCAACUGCCAGAAGAUUCAAAACGUUUUGAUACCAUCGAUAAGACAUUUAAAGAAUUAUUAAAAGACAUUGGAAAUACACCAAACGUUGUGCAAGCGACUAACAAGCCGGGUCUUCUCGAUAAGCUGGAAGAGCUGAUGAAGUCUCUCAACUUGUGCGAGAAAGCGCUCAAUAACUAUUUGGAGACCAAACGUUUGGCAUACCCUCGUUUCUACUUCGUGUCUUCGGCUGAUUUGUUGGAUAUUUUGUCAAAUGGCAACAAUCCGCCGGCGGUCGCGCGUCACCUGUCGAAGUUAUACGAUAACUUGGCUAAAUUAGUAUUCCCGAAACCUGGGAGCAAACACGCAAUUGAGAUGAUAUCCAAGGAGAAUGAAGAACAUGUUCCAUUUAAAGCACCCUGUUGCGAUUGUUCUGGCAAAGUUGAACUCUGGUUGAACCGGGUAACUGACUGCAUGCGAUAUACCCUACGGGAUAUAUUUGAGCACAGUGUUAAGUCGUACGAAGAUAAACCCCGUGAUGAGUGGGUGUUUGAUUGGCCCGCGCAGCCGGCGCUCGUGGGCACGCAGAUCUGGUGGACCACGGAAACUAAUCAGGCGUUUGAAAAACUUGAAGAAGGUUAUGAGGGCGCGCUUAAAGAUUACCAAAAGAAGCAGAUCACGCAGCUAAACGCUUUGAUUGUUCUACUACUUGGUGACUUGACUGUUGGCGACCGACAGAAGAUCAUGACGAUUUGUACGAUAGAUGUACACUCGAGAGAUGUUGUUGCCAAACUUAUUGUGGCUAAAGUGGAGACGUCGAAUGCCUUCCAAUGGCAAAGUCAAUUGAGACAUCGCUGGGAUCUGAAAUUGAACAAUUGCUAUGCAAACAUCUGCGACGCUCAAUUCCUCUACGAUUACGAAUACUUAGGAAACACACCGCGUCUUGUGAUUACACCUUUGACAGAUCGAUGUUAUAUUACUUUAACACAGAGUCUACAUUUAAUAAUGGGUGGUGCCCCCGCUGGUCCAGCUGGGACGGGUAAGACUGAAACUACAAAAGAUUUAGGAAGAGCGCUCGGUAUAAUGGUAUACGUGUUUAACUGCUCCGAACAAAUGGAUUACAAGUCCUGUGGAAAUAUAUAUAAAGGUCUCGCUCAAACUGGUGCCUGGGGUUGCUUCGACGAGUUCAAUCGUAUCUCUGUUGAAGUGCUUUCCGUAGUGUCAGUACAAGUUAAAAGUGUUCUCGACGCUAUAAAGGCUAAGAAAAAGAAAUUCGACUUUAUGGGAGAGUAUAUCACUCUUAUACCGACUAUUGGGAUGUUUAUCACUAUGAAUCCAGGUUACGCUGGAAGGACGGAAUUGCCGGAGAAUUUAAAAGCUUUGUUUAGGCCUUGUGCUAUGGUUGUACCUGACUUUGAAUUGAUUUGUGAAAUUAUGUUAGUCGCUGAGGGUUUCCAAGAAGCCAGACUGUUAGCUCGUAAAUUCAUUACUCUUUACACCUUAUGUAAGGAGCUAUUGUCCAAGCAAGACCAUUAUGAUUGGGGUCUGCGAGCCAUUAAGUCUGUCUUGGUCGUUGCUGGAUCACUCAAGAGAGGUGACCGCUUGCGACCGGAAGAUCAAGUACUCAUGCGAGCUCUAAGAGAUUUCAAUAUUCCCAAAAUUGUAACUGACGACAGGCCGGUGUUUAUGGGUCUUAUUGGCGAUUUGUUCCCGGCUUUGGAUGUUCCCAGGAAAAGGGACUUUGAUUUUGAAAAGAACUUGGUUGAUGGAGCUAUUUCUAUGAAGCUACAGCCGGAACCUGGGUUUAUAUUAAAGAUGGUACAACUUGUGGAAUUAUUUGCCGUUAGACACUCUGUGUUCAUUGACGGGUUUGCUGGUACGGGCAAAUCAAUGGUCUGGCAAUGUCUGAACAAAACAUAUCAUAUGCUUAAAUUGAAGCCGUUUUACAACGAUUUAGACCCUAAAGCAGUGACGAACGACGAGUUAUUUGGCAUAAUUAACCCUGCUACAAGAGAAUGGAAGGAUGGGUUGUUUUCUACUAUUAUGAGAGAUAUGGCUAACAUGCCAGGUGAUGGACCAAAGUGGAUUGUGUUGGAUGGCGACAUUGAUCCCAUGUGGAUUGAGAGUUUGAAUACAUUGAUGGACGAUAAUAAGGUAUUGACACUGGCAAGUAACGAACGAAUUGCUUUAACGAAAUCAAUGCGGCUCCUUUUUGAGAUCGCCACUCUUCGUACUGCAACACCCGCCACUGUUUCACGUGCAGGAAUUUUAUACAUUAAUCCACAGGACUUGGGCUGGAAUCCGUUUGUAGCAUCUUGGAUAGACACGACUCGCGAUGAUGAGUCGGAGAAGGCGAUGUUAACAAUAAUGUUUGACAAAUACAUACCCUCAUUACUCGAGUCUUGCAAGAAGUACAAACGAAUUACACCAUUAAGUGAACUGCAGCAGAUACAAUUGACAUGCUAUCUGCUUGAAUGUUUCCUGAACAAGAGCUUGUUGCCUUCGGAUUGUCCUAAGGAAUGGUACGAGACAUAUUUCGUAUUUUGCGUCGUUUGGGGAUUCGGAUCUGGUCUAUUCCAAGACCAGCUGGUGGAUUGGCGGAAUGAGUUCAGCAAAUGGUUCUGCAAUGAAUUCAAACAAAUUAAAUUUCCAUCGACUGGCAAUGUUUUUGGAUUUUUCAUAGAUCCAGAAACGAAGAAAUGGGCACCUUGGACCGAGAAAGUUGAACAUUUUGAAUUGGAUCCAGAAAUACCCUUACAGUCGUGCCUCGUAUCAACAUCAGAAACGACUCGUAUAAGAUUCUUCAUGGACCUUCUGAUAGCGAAACAGAAGCCUGUAAUGUUGGUCGGGAGUGCGGGUAGUGGCAAAACUGUAAGCGUUGCGGCCAAACUGAAUUCGUUGUCUGAUAGCUUCGCUAUCACCAAUGCUCCACUCAACUUUUACACUACUUCAGAAAUGAUUCAAAAAGUUCUCGAGAAGCCAUUGGAAAAGAAAUCGGGUCGUAACUUUGGUCCUCCUGGCAGUAAGUUUAUGAUUUACUUUGUGGAUGACUUGAACAUGCCCGAAGUAGACACAUAUGGAACAGUGCAACCGCAUACGCUGAUUCGGCAAUUUAUGGAUUAUAAACAUUGGUACGACAGACAAAAGUUAUCUCUUAAAGACAUAUCCAAUUGCAUGUUUGUCUCUUGUAUGAAUCCAACGGCUGGUUCUUUCACAAUAGAUCCACGUUUGCAAAGGCACUUCUGUACGUUUGCAGUCAGUUUUCCCGGCUUGGACGCAUGUUUCCACAUCUACAAGCAAAUCAUAUCGCAGCAUAUGGCCAACCCUCUCAACAAAUUCGGAAUUGUGGUUCAAAAGUACAGCGAGAAUCUCGUUAAUGCUGCCUUGGCGCUUCAUAACAAGCUUGCCUCGACGUUCUUACCCACAGCCAUCAAGUUCCAUUACAUAUUUAAUUUGCGUGAUCUUUCUAAUAUAUUCCAGGGAAUCUUAUUCACAACUGGAGAUGCAAUAAAAUUCCAAUCUGAGUUAAUUAGGUUGUGGAUGCACGAAGCAACCCGUGUGUACUCCGACAAACUGGUGGAUUCUAUUGACAAUGAAACCUUUAAUAAACUCAUCGUGGAAGUAAUUAAGAAGAAUUGCGAGGACUACGACGAGAAUGUCGUAUUUGAGAAGCCACUCAUUUACUGUCACUUCGCUGAGGGUAUUGGAGACCCGAAAUAUUUCCCAAUUAGGGAUUGGGCACAGAUCAAAAAGUUACUGGAUGAGUCAUUAUCAAGUUACAAUGAUCUCGUGGCGACAAUGAAUCUUGUGCUCUUUGAAGACGCAAUGUACCAUAUAUGCAGAAUCAAUCGCAUUCUGGAAGCACCCCGAGGUAAUGCUCUGUUGGUGGGAGUUGGUGGUUCUGGGAAACAAUCUUUGUCCAGAUUGUCUGCUUUUAUAUCUUCACUUGAAGUUUUCCAAAUACAACUCCGCAAAGGAUACAGCAUCAAUGACUUGAAAGUUGAUCUUGCGGGUCUAUACAUCAAGGCUGGCUUAAAGAACAUUGGCAAUGUGUUUCUGAUGACGGACGCUCAAGUGGCCGAAGAACGCUUCUUGGUUUUGAUCAAUGACUUAUUAGCAUCAGGAGAGAUACCAGAAUUAUUAGCCGAUGAUGAAAUCGAAAAUAUUAUCAAUGGUGUCAGAGGAGAGACCAAAGCCUCAGGCGUGCCAGAUACAAGGGAGAAUUGCUGGAAAUUCUUCAUCAAUCGUGUUAGGACUAUGCUAAAGGUGGUGCUAUGUUUCUCGCCAGUAGGCGCAACUUUGCGUAUACGAGCGCGAAAGUUCCCGUCCAUAGUAAACUGUACUGCUAUCAAUUGGUUUCACGAGUGGCCGAAAGAGGCUCUGCGCUCCGUAUCUACGAGGUUUUUGAAUGAAGUCGAAGCCUUACCGCGAGAUCUAAUGGAGCCAGUGGCGAAUUUCAUGUCUCACGUACAUCAAAGUGUGAACCAAAUGUCAGCUGUUUAUUUCCAAAAUGAACGGCGAUACAACUACACGACACCAAAGACGUUCUUGGAGCAGAUAUCGUUGUAUAGCAAGUUGUUGACUGAGAAGACAACCAACUUGAAGAUGAUGAUAGAAAGACUUGAAAAUGGUUUGGAGAAGCUCGCGUCGUGCGCUGCUGAUGUAGCUGUGUUAAAGGUAACACUCGCAGAACAAGAGAUAAUAUUAAAAGUUAAGAAUAAAGCGGCCGAAGAGUUGAUUGAUGUGGUUGGAGCUGAAAGUGAAAAGGUCUCCAAAGAAAAGGCUUUCGCUGCGGAAGAAGAAAAGAAAGUAAAAGUGAUAGAAGAAGAUGUAACGAUUAAGGCCAAAAUUUGUGCGGAUGAUCUGGCCAAAGCAGAGCCGGCACUAUUAGCCGCACAAGAGGCUCUUAACACAUUAAACAAAAACAAUCUCACCGAGUUGAAGGCCUUUGGGUCCCCACCGGACGCCGUGGUCACUGUGACGGCUGCCGUACUUGUGCUGUUCUCGAAAAAGGGUAAAUUACCUAAGGAUAGAUCGUGGAAAGCUUGCAAGUUAAUGAUGAACAAAGUUGAUCAAUUUUUGUACGACCUGGUGUACUAUGACAAAGAAAACAUACAUCCGGAUGUUAUAAAGGCAGUUCAACCCUACAUAAAGAAUCCAGACUUCAACGCUGAGUUCAUAAUGUCCAAGUCAGCUGCAGCCGCGGGGCUGUGUUCGUGGGUCAUAAAUAUUGUGAAGUUCUACGACGUGUACGUAGUGGUAGAACCCAAGAGAAGGGCUCUCAAUGCUGCCAACGCCGAACUGCAAGCUGCGAGGGACAAGCUGGCCUUCCUAACUGAACAGAUUAGUGAAUUAGAAGAAAAGUUAGCAGAACUUAUGAAGGCUUUCCAAGAAGCUGUCAAUGAGAAGAUGAAAUGUCAAGCGGAGGCCGAUGCCACCAACGCCACAAUUGACCUGGCGAAUCGCCUUGUCAACGGAUUGGCUUCUGAGAAAAUUAGAUGGUCAGCGACGGUAGUGAAUCUAAAGGAAUCUGGAGUAAUGUUACCGGGUGAUGUGUUAGUGGUGACGGCGUUUAUCUCCUACGUAGGUUGUUUCAUGCGACGAUAUCGAAUGAUGCUGAUGAACGAUGACUGGAUACCAACCCUCGCUAAGACCAAUCCCAAAAUAGAAACAACAGAAGGGCUAGACCCCUUAUCAAUGUUGACUGACGAUGCUCAAAUUGCGUGUUGGAAUAAUGAGGGCCUACCAACAGACUCCAUGAGUACUGAGAACGCUACGAUCCUUACGAAUUCAGCCAGAUGGCCUCUGAUGAUAGAUCCCCAAUUACAAGGAAUAAAAUGGAUAAAAUCGAAAUUUGGCGACGCAUUGGUUGUGAUUCGUCUGACUCAGAAAAAUUACAUAGACCGCAUUGAACGUGCUGUUAGUAAUGGAGAUGCGGUCCUCUUGGAGAAUAUAGGGGAGACCGUGGAUGCUGUGCUGGAUCCCUUAUUGGGACGUGUGCUUAUAAGGAAGGGGCGUGUGCUUAAGAUUGGUGAUAGAGAAAUCGAUUACCAUGCAAAUUUCCGUCUUAUCAUACAAACUAAACUGGCAAAUCCGCAUUAUCAGCCGGAGAUGCAGGCGCAAUGCACUCUCAUUAACUUCACUGUAACAAAGGACGGUUUAGAAGAGCAGCUCCUAGGCGAAGUGGUCAAAGCGGAAAGACCAGACUUGGAAAGACUUCGUGCCGGACUCACGAAACAGCAGAAUGACUUUAAGAUCACGCUUAAGAGUCUCGAAGACGACCUCUUAAAGCGUCUUUCGUCUGCCGGUCCCGACAUUUUGAGUGAUUCGGCGCUAGUUAUCAAUUUAGAGACCACGAAGAAGACUGCUGCCGAUAUUGAAAUAAAGGUGGAAGAGGGAAAGGUGACAGCUGUCAAAAUUGACGAAGCCCGUGAAAGAUAUCGACGCGCUGCCGCCCGCGCAUCUCUCUUAUACUUCAUACUAAAUGACAUAUAUAAGAUCAAUCCGAUGUACCAAUUCUCUUUGAAAGCCUAUAGCGUAGUGUUUAAGGAUGCGUUGGCUCGAGCAGAUCAAGCUGAAGAUUUAGAGGGGCGCGUGCGCAACUUGCUCGACAGCAUCACAUUCGCCGUCUUUGUGUAUACGAGUCGAGGGCUCUUCGAAAGGGAUAAGCUGGUGUUCCUCUUCCUUAUAACAUUGCAGGUACUGCAAAGCGAAGGAAAGGUAGAUCCUCGUGAAUUAGAUUUCUUACUAAAGUACGCGGUCGCACCAGAAGUGUCACCGUACAGUUGGCUUUCAAACAACUCGUGGGGUGGAAUAGUGGCACUUUCUAAGAUGGACGCCUUUGAGAACCUCGAUAGAGAUAUCGAAGGAGCUACGAAAAGAUGGCAAAAAUAUACGGACGGAGAGGCCCCAGAAAGAGAUAAAUUGCCAGGAGAAUGGAAAAAUAAGACGUCACUACAAAGACUCUGUAUCCUUCGGGCUCUGCGACCUGAUAGGAUGUCAUAUGCGUCGGGGGCAUUUUGUGAAGAGAACCUCGGGACAAAAUAUGUUGAAGCUCGAACGCCUCCGUUAGAAAAAUCCUAUCAAGAAAGUACAUCUACUACCGCCAUGUUCUUUAUCCUGUCUCCCGGAGUUGAUCCUCUAAAGGAUCUAGAAAAGUUAGGUAGAAAACUUGGCUUCUCUACGGAUAAGAAGAACUUCCACAUCGUAUCAUUAGGCCAAGGACAGGAAGUGGUGGCUGAAGAGGCCAUGGGCGUGGCCUCGGUUAAUGGUGAUUGGGUGAUAUUACAAAACAUUCACUUGGUUGCCAAAUGGCUUGCGACGCUUGAAAAGAAAAUGGAGGAAACGUUCGAAAAUCCAUUACCGGAAUACAGAUUAUAUUUGAGCGCGGAACCAGCCGGUGAUCCAGCUUAUCACAUAAUUCCUCAAGGUAUCCUUGAGUCUGCUAUCAAAAUAACCAAUGAACCGCCAAUUGGAAUGUGGGCUAACUUGCAUAAGGCACUGGACAAUUUCAGUCAAGAGACGUUAGAAAUGUGCAGCAAAGAGGCGGAAUUUAAGUCCAUACUAUUUGCUUUGUGUUACUUCCACGCUGUAGUCGCUGAAAGGAGGAAAUUCGGCCCGCAAGGAUGGAAUAGGUCGACGGCGAGUGCCAGUUAGCCCAAGGUUUUAUUUCUCCGCCAAAUUCAGACUAUGUGAGCUACCACCAGUACAUUGACGACUUCCUACCAGACGAGACACCCUAUUUGUACGGACUGCAUCCAAAUGCUGAGAUCGGUUAUUUGACCACAGUUUC